UUAAGGGUGAUGAUGGUGGUGGUGAUGGAAUCCCUGUUGGGUUUUUCAAUCACACGCUGAAAGAUGGAAUGGUUACACUUUCUGAGGGAACCGUGGAAGUCAAAAAGACCAAUCAUAAAUUGUUCACGAAUCAUUCUGGAGCUUGUGAAGUUACUUUUGAAGGCAAUUUCAUCGUGCUCCACUACAAAAAGGAAAGCAUCGCGGCGAGGAAUGGUUGCAAAGUGGACUUGCUCACCAACCUUCAGAACAUGA